AUGACGCCUGAGCGCACCACUCUGCAUCAGGGAUGCAAAAAUAGGUGGAGUGAGGUGGGGUAUGAAGAUAAUAGCACUUACACUCCUGCAUCUACAGUUACAAAUGAUCACUCCUCUUAUACCGAUAGUUCGAAAGAGGUUAAGAAUGUCAUCUCCCUUACCACCGAUGGUCUGACCGAGGUAUUUCUCCGCAACUCUUAA